AUGGAAAAAGAUAAUGGAUUUGACACAUACUGCAAGGAAAUCUUUGAGGAUGGACCAUUCUCAGGAUACCAUGCUGAGCUCCAUGUCAUUCAUGGAAAGCAAGAUGAUGUUGUUGUCGCUAAUGACAUCGAGGGGAACGCAAAGAAGGUAGUUAACUUCUGCUCCAACAAUUAUACCGGUUUGGCCUCAGAUAAGAGAAUUGUGGCAGCAGCUAAGAAGACUUUGGAUACACAUGGUUACGGUCUUUCUUCUGCACCACUUAUGUGUGGGUUCCAGGAUAUUCAUCAGCAACUUGAGAGAGAGCUUUCUGAGUUCCAUGGAACUGAAGACACUCUUCUCUAUCCAUCUGGAUACCACACCAACGUUGGUUUCUUCUGUGCUUGCUUUGGAGAGGAAGAUGCUAUCUUCUCUGAUGAGUUUAAUCACUCAUCAAUCAUCGAUGGUGUUAAGCUCUCUAGAGCCAAGAAGUUUGUGUACAAGCAUCUUGACUUGGACCACCUCGAGGAGCUCCUCAAGGGUGCCGAAGACUAUAGAUUCAAAUGUAUAGUAACUGAAGGUAUUUUCUCAAUGGACGGAGAUAUUUUGGAACUUCCAAAAUAUGUCGAACUCGCCAAGAAGUAUGGAGCAGUCUUCUACUUAGACGAAUGCCACGCCACUGGAGUUAUUGGAAAGACUGGUAAGGGAACAGUUGAGUACUGGGGAAUGGAACCAUCCGAUGUUGACUUGAUCAGUAGCACCCUAGGAAAAGCAAUUUCUGGAGGUGGUGGUGGAUACACUACAGGCAAGAGGAACAUGAUCAAUUACUUGAGACAAUGCUCAAAGACUUUCAUCUUCUCAAACUCCUUGUGCUCUCCAAUCAUCGGAGCCUCUCUUGAAGCUUUGAGAAUCUUCAGAGAAGACCCAGGAAUCUUCACUAGAAUCAAAGAAAAGGGAAUGAGAUUCAGACAGGGUAUCAAGGCAGCAGGAUUUGAAGUAUAUGGAGACGAUGAUUGUCCAAUUUGCCCAGUCUCUGUCACUGAUGAACAUCUUGCUAGACAUUUCGAGAUUGAAUUAUUCAAGAAGGGAUACUACACAAUUGGGCUUGGAUUCCCAAUCUUUGAGCAAGGAUUAUCAAGAUUAAGAAUUAUCGUCACCGCCACACACACCAUUGAGCAGAUUGACGGACUCAUCCAAGCAUUCAAAGAGGUUGCAGAAGAAUGCAAUUUCUGGAAGAACCUCGAGGGAUACAGACAAAAGGUCGAAGAUGGACUUGUCAUUGGAAAGCCAGACUGGUGGAAGCCUCUUGCAGCUAAGGCUAAGCUCUAA